AUGGGGAGCGUGUUCUCCGAGGAAGCUGAGGAGCACGUUGCCCCUGUGCCGGAUUUGCAGGGGCUCUUCGCCGCAGAUGCGCAAGCCAUGUCCAUCGAUGAAAGCAUUGACGAGUGCGUUGCCACGCCAGAAUCUGGCCUGGACUCGCCAGAAGUGUUGGCAGAGGAGGCGGGCGGCUGGUGCACGGGUCUGUUCAACCUCCUCGCCGGGGAGGCUUCGCAUGCUGGCUAUGUGCUUGGCAUGCUCACUGGCUGUUUCGACACCUCCGUCACCACUGGUUGGGUCGAGGUUUCGGUGGUCCUGCCCAAUCUACUGGAAUGGCUGGAGGUACCGGAGAUGUGUGCCCUACGCAUGCUUUCCAGGGAAGCCAUCGAUCUGCAGGUCGUCGCUCGGCACGUGGUGGAGACCGGCGGCUUUGACAGGCCAGAAAGUGUGAUCUUUCAUAGCCAAGUUUUGGAAGAUAAACAUGCGGCGGCUGCACAGCGGAAACGAUUCCAGUGCCAGUUGCUGCACCUGCGCUUUCAGUGUUGUUGGCGACACUGCCCAGGCUUGGCAGAUGGUUUGAUUGAAAAGCUAGCGGACUUUGGCCUAUCAGAGGACCUCGCGGUGUGCAAGGCUGCAAAUGCUCUACUCAAAGCUUACUCAGGAUAUCUGUUGCGGAAAGACCGGGUGCGGGAAGCGGUGCUGCGCUUGCUGGAGCAGCUGGUCCCAACAUCGGGCAUAUUUUGGCUAAGAACCAAGCUGGUCCUAGCCUACGUUUUCCCGAGUAACAGCACACUGGUCCGCAGCGAAUGGCAACACCGCCGACGCUGGGUUUCUGUGAUUUUCGAAAUUCUGUCGCAGCAGAACAUCCAGAAGUGCAAGAAGUAUUGCGCGGCAUGCAUCAGAGUCCUUUGUGCCGGAGGUUUCGCAGAUUAUUCCCGUGAGGAGCUGCAGGAGGCGGCAGCAAUGUCGCCCGAAGCUGUGAGGGCCGAACUUAUGGAGCUGAUGGAAAAACCACCCAUUAUCCAGAGCGGCUCAGGAGGAUCUACAGGACUAUCGCCCGGGUGCUUGAGGCGAUGA